CCAAUGCUUUCGACCUUUCGAUGAGUUGAAGCGCGAGUCAUAAGAGUCAUGCGCUCUUCAAACGAGUGACGAAACGCAAUGGUUUUGUCCGAAACGCGAGUCCUUUCGGCUGAGGACCCGCGCGGACCGGUCGCUGGCGAACCAAUCAGACGAUUGAAUCUUCGGGAUUCACAAGUCGUGUAUCGCGGAGAAGGAAACUCGAGUUUAGUGGUCGCCAUUCAAGAAGAACGAAAAGUUCUUCGACUUUUCAAGACUUCAGAUGGAAAUGACGACCCGACUAUAGACCGCGUCUCAAGACAACUCCUUUUCUACGAAUCAGUUGUUCCGCGCUUUCUGUCCGAAGCCUUCUUUUCUCGGCCGCAAAUUGUUCGUCUUUCACGCGAUCAAAGUCUGCGAAUCGAUGGUCUUGUAGGAGACAAACGUCCUCGUUUUCGUCGCGACAAACAAAUCGCGCGAAACGAAGCUUUUGCUUUACUUUUACCCGAUUUUUGUUGUCUUCCGUCGUCUUUGAGUCGAUUCAAGACUAUUGGAUCCGUUUUCGCGGUUGAAAUCAAACCAAAGCAAGGAUUCCUUCCUUUGGCCGCUCUUUUAUCACAACAAAUGCUUCCGAAGGCCAGUAUUUGUCGCUAUUGUUUGUCUCAGUUUCAUAAACUAAAGAAGGGAUCAAUUGUUCGAAGAUCUGAAUAUUGUCCUUUAGAUCUGUUUUCGGGAUGUCCUCAAAGAACUCUUUGUUCUUUGCGUUCUUUAGUAGCGAAUCCUCAAAACAAUUUCCGCGUCUUUCGAGACAUUCAACUCGUUUUCGGCGAUGACUUGAACCGAGACUUCGAAGCCGUAAUCCAAGACUUUUGCGGAAAAACCGACGCUUUCUGUCGUCUGCUUUCGGCCGCCCUCUCCCUUCCCGUCGACCCCGCCUUUCACGCCGACGCCCCUCCCCUUCCCGCAGGUCAGAACUGCAGUCUUCACGCGAAUGGUUUGCAUCGUUGUGAUUGUGGAGAAGAAAGACAUGAAUUGAGAUCCGGAAGUGUUUUGGAAGCAGUUUUAAGAAUGCAAAAAUUGGAUUCUUUGGACUCCGAGUUUGCAAACGAAAUGUUGGAUCAGUUGUCGCUCAAAGACAACAAUAACUUUGAUUUCUUACACGAUUUGCCGCCAAAAAGUCGUCUUUUUGUUUCCGAUAUUUCCGUCAAAAACGAAACGACAGAAGAAUUAAUUGAAAGAAAGGUUUUUCAGUUUUUGGUUUCUUUGACCGCAAAAGACAUUUCAAUAAUGAUUGCGAUUCAGAGAUUAUCCGCUGACCAGAAUCCCUCCGAAGUGCCCGAAGCGCAUUUGCUGACAGAACCCGAAUCCGGGGCUCAAUUCGUGACGAGUGUUUGUGUCACAGAUUUAGACGAAAAGUCGGCGCCGAAAAUCCGAAGAACGCUGUCUAAUGACCAGCGGAUGAUUCGGGCCUUUAAUAGUCAAUCGAAUUUAUGAAUUAAUUAAUUCUAGUCUUAGUUUUAAUCGAGUUUUCACUCAUUUUAUCCGAAAUUAUAUUCAAUUUAUUUUUCAGUAAAAAGUGUU